AGCUACCACAGAGCAGCAGAGAAGAAGAAGAGGAGGAGGAACUGAGGGCGGAACAAGGAAUCAGGAAUCAGCUGUCAGAAGAAGAGUGUAAGCAACCCAUCAGACUGAGAGAUGUCCAGAGCUUGUUUACAGCUCUGACUGCUGUUUCCCUGCUGUGAGCUCUGACUGUACACACCCGCGAAGAUGCCUGCAGUGUCCACCGGGGUCAAGGACCUGUACCUGUCCACAUCCCUGGGAGAACUCAAUAAAAAGGCUGAAAUUAAGCCUGACAAGACGAGUACCAGAAGCUAUGUUCAGAGUGCCUGCAAAAUCUUCAAGGCGGCAGAGGAGAGUCGUCUGGACAGAGAUGAGGAGCGAUCAUAUGUGCUGUACAUGAAGUAUUUAACAGUAUAUGACAUCAUCAAGAAGAGACCAGACUUCAAGCAGCAACCGGAGUAUUACAUGACCAUGCUUGGGCCAAACAGUUUUAAGAAAGCUAUUGAAGAAGCUGAGAAGCUCUCUGAAAGCCUUAAACUCAGGUAUGAGGAAGUUGAGGUUCGUAAACAACUUGAGGAGAAGGAGAAGCAAGAGGAGAAGAAAAAGAGGGAGGAAAUAACGGAAAAGGAUAGCGGUCGAGGGUCUCCUAAAUCAUCAGCUGCAAACAAGAAGGACAGCAAAAAGGUGAAAGGAGAACAGAAUGAAUUGAAGAAUGCAACCUCAAAAGCUGCGGGGCCAGCUGGUGGGAUCACAGCAGAGAAACUUUUCCACAUGAUAAAGGACCAGACAAUCACAACGAUUGUCAUGGAUGCCCGCAGCCACAGGGACUUCGAGGAGUCUCACAUUCAGGUCCCAACUCAGACCUGCAUCUCUGUGCCUGAGGAGGCCAUUAGCCCAGGUAUCACUGUGAAUCAGAUCGAGGCAAAGCUCCCAGAGGUGUCCAAAGAGCAUUGGAGGCGGCGGGGAUUAGUGGAUUAUAUAGUCCUGCUGGACUGGUUCAGCUCUGUGACAGAUCUUAAACUUGGCACCACCUUACAGAGCCUAAAAGAUGCCCUCUUCAAGUGGGACAGCAUCACUAUCCUGCGUAGUGAACCGCUGGUGCUGGAGGGAGGCUAUGAGAAUUGGCUUUUGUUUUACCCCAUGUUCACUACCAAUGCCAAAGUCAGACCCCCUAGACAGACCUGCAUCAACACCUUCCCUCAGUUGAACUUCAGUUAUCCAUCUCUAGAAGAACCAAAACCUCCGACGCCACCUCCACCAGAGCCUGAGGUUGAACCUGAGCCUCAGGAACCCUCAGCUCCUGUGCUGGUGAAUGGGGUCACACCAGCAGAACCUCCCACAUCUAAAACCUCCAUGAUUGCUGACAGGUUGCCGGACACUGUUGAUUCCCACGUCAUAGGCACUACUAACUCCGGGUUAGACCUUAAUAAAGGUCCCGCAACAGGCAACUCCAGCCAAUCACCCACAACUGCCAAGGCCUUCCCACAGUUUGACCGAACUAAGAAACCCUCUGUCCGGGUUUCUGAUGAGCCAAAACCCAGCCAGAACGGUUCAGCAAAGGAUCCCACCCAGAACGGCCCCGUGAUCCCUGACCGCUCAGUCAAACCCCCCUACGACACCAGCUCUUCUCUCUCCAAAGAAGAGCAGAGUCAGAUUCACUCCGAGGCAGUGGCUGGGAUGGAGAAGGCGAGACUUGAGCAGGAGAAACGCAGCCAGGAGCGUAGAUUAGAAGAAGAGAAGCGGGACAAGGAGUCGAAAGAGAGGCUAGAAAAGGAGGAACGUGAGAAGAAAAAGAAGGACGAAGAGGAGAAGGGACCCCAGGACAAAAAGAGACUGGAAAGACAGAAGGCUGAGGAAGAGGAGGACAAACGGAGCAGAGUGUGGGAGGAGAAGGAGAGGAGGGGGAAAGAGCAGAACUCUGAUGCACCCUCAAAGAGUAUGUCACUGGACUCCCCUGCUCCCAACCAUGUUGUAAGUGAAAUCAAGAGGGAGCCUCUCACCCGAGCAAGGAGCGAGGAAAUGGGUAGGAGCGUUCCAGGCCUUCCAGACGGUUGGAUGAAGUUCCUUGACACAGUCACAGGAACGUACCGGUACUAUCAUUCCCCGACCAACCGAGUCCACCUGUACCCUCCUGAGGUCACUGUUCCCCAAACCCCACCUUCCACACCACCCACAACAGUCAAACAGAAGCCACAACAACCAGCUGAGCCUGAAGCCAACCCUGAGCGAGAGCGGGAGCAGUCUAAACUGAAACGCUCGUAUUCCUCUCCCGACAUUAGCCAGGACCUGAGAGAGGAGGCACUGAAGAAAGCUGUCGCCCAGACUGCUGCUCCUGUCAUACCCACCAUCAACAGAGAAACCAAACCUCCCCCUGUUAAAGUCUACACUAAAGGUGAGAUUGUGAGGCCUUCAGCUGCCAAAAUCCGCAACCUGAAUCCUACAUUUGGAGGCCUGGGUGCAUCUCUGACUGGCCUUCGUAACAUGGGAAACACAUGCUACAUGAACUCCAUCUUACAGUGUCUGUGCAACACUCCUGCCUUGUCUGAGUACUUCAACAACAAUAUGUACAUGGAGGACAUCAACAGGUACAACAUACUUGGCCAUAAAGGGGAAGUAGCGGAGGAGUUUGGUGUGAUCAUGAAGGCUCUGUGGGCCGGUUUGUACAAGUGCAUCAGCCCGCGGGACUUCAAGGUCACCAUAGGAAAGAUCAAUGAUCAGUUUGCUGGCUAUGACCAGCAAGACUCCCAGGAGCUGCUGCUGUUCCUCAUGGACGGACUCCAUGAAGACCUCAACAAGGCGGACAACAGGAAGCGAUACAAGGAGGAGGAAAUCGACCAUCUGGACGAUCAGACUGGAGCCGACCUGGCCUGGAGCAAACACAAGCUGCUGAACGAAUCCAUUAUUGUAGCGCUGUUCCAGGGUCAGUUCAAGUCCACUGUGCAGUGUCUCACCUGCCAUCGCAAGUCACGGACGUUUGAGACCUUUAUGUACCUGUCACUGCCUCUGGCCUCCACCAGCAAGUGCUCCCUGCAGGAUUGUCUGAGGCUGUUUUCCAAGGAGGAGAAGCUGACCGACAACAACAAGGUGUUCUGCAGACACUGCAAGGCCCACAGAGACUCCACCAAGAAACUGGAGAUCUGGAAAGUUCCACCUAUUCUCCUGGUGCACCUUAAACGAUUCUCCUAUGAGGGCAGAUGGAAGCAGAAGCUGCAGACGACUGUAGAUUUCCCUUUAGACUGUCUGGACCUGACCCAGUAUGUCAUUGGACCCAGACCGACCCUGAAGAGAUACAGCCUUUUUGGAGUGUCUAACCACUAUGGCGGUUUGGAUGGUGGCCAUUACACCGCCUACUGUAAGAACUCCCCCAAACAGCGCUGGUACAAGUUUGACGACCACGAGGUGACUGAUAUCUCCACCUCCACUGUCAAGUCCUCCGCAGCCUACAUCCUGUUUUACUCCAGCCUGUGAUGGGACUGUAGGACACGGAAAGAGAACACUACACCAGGGGCAGCGACGCUCAAGCCUAGAGGUUGUUUUUCUCCCCCCUCUUUUUUAAAAGCCCAGCUCUGAGGAUCUGGUGUACGUAGCUGUGGGUUCAGCAGCUAUGUAUGUGCACGCGAGGACGUACUAUAGCGCGUGGCAUAGAGAUCCCCCUCUGUGGUGGAUCGGAGAACGGUGCAAUGCUUCAGCUACUAGAAGACUGUAUACCUGUUAAGAAAUGCUGUCUGCUCAUUUUACUGAUGUAGUCUUGAGACUAAUCAGAUGCUCCUUUAACUUCUAUACCAUGAUGGUUCUGUUGUAGGGCGGACAGCUGGUUCAGAUGCUCUUCACUCUGUUGCACUCCGCAAACGCAGAACUGAUUUUCAGCUUUCCUGUACUGUGCAGACACAAGAUUAAGAUGGCAUGUAAAUACUUACCAAUGCUAAUGUUGCACAUUCAGACAUGUAUAUACUGGAGGGCAAAGUGUUUCUCUGUUAAGUGACCAAAUUUUUUUUCCUUCAAAGUAGCAGCCAUCAUAGCGUCAUCAUACUCUUAAAAAGUAACCACAUGAUUUUGGGGUUGAGCUCUUCGACCCUCUGAUGUUUAACAUGAUGUUAAAGAUGGUAGAGACUGUGAUUGUUGAAACUUUGCAUUCUUUAAAGAGAAGAGGGAACUGGGAUGGUUGCUUGUUCAUAGAUACGCCUCAUUGUUGCACUCACACAAUAUGCAAUCAAGUUAUGUUGUUUAUGUGGAUCACAUUGUUUAACAGCAGACAUUAAUCCUCGACUCAGAAUGCUUUAAACGAUACCGAUGCUGUGAUCUUGUCUUUCUCCUCUCUCUGAGCAGAGACAGAAAAACCUGCUUCUAAAAUCUUUGUUAUGAGAUUUUCUCUCAGUUUAACAUGCUUAAAUCUUAACAUUAAUAUACUCAUACAAAGGAAGUAUUUAGAGGAACACUUACUGGGAUUACUUGGCAUCUUUCUAGGCUCUAACUAGUGAUUGUGGAUUUGAAGGAACGGGUUUCUAACUGCUGAAAUUCAGAUUUCUGUGACUAAUCUUAUUUCUGUGUUUCAUAUUGACCCGGUAGUAUAAGAAUAUGUGACGAAUUGACCUUACUCACUUACACUGGUGUGUUCGCAUCAACAUUUGCUGCCUGAAUGACUGACUGACCCACCGGCUGACUGACUGACAUAAGCAAGCACAACAUAUACUGAUAUUUUCUCUGAAUGGACCAGAGACAUGAGCUGGCAGGAUUUGACUCUCUUCUUCUUGAUUACAGUUUUAUUGCCUAGCAUGAGAUCAUAAUCUGUUUUCUUUUUACUUGUAAAUGUUGAUUUUAUUUCUUAAUGCUCUAUACAAUAAUUUGUUUCAGAUAUAACGAUUAUAAUAACCUCAAACCGCUCAUAUGACUAUUUAUUAAAAGUGCUACAAAUUA